GUUCAUGAGAGAUUUCACACUGGGGAAAAACCUUAUGAAUGUAAACAGUGUGGCAAGUGUUUUAGCCAAGCAGGAGACCUAAGGAUUCAUGAGAGAUUUCACACUGGGGAAAAGCCUUAUGAAUGUAAACAGUGUGGCAAGUGUUUUAGCCAAGCAAGAGACCUAAGGAGACAUGAAAGAGUUCACACUGGGGAAAAGCCUUAUGAAUGUAAACAGUGUGGCAAGUGUUUUAGUGAAGCAGGAAGCCUAAGGAAACAUGAAAGAGUUCACACUGGGGAAAAGCGGAAUGACUGUAAACAAUGUGGCAAGUGUUUUAGCCUCAUAGGAAACCUAAGGAUUCAUGAAAGAGUUCACACUGGGGAAAAGCCUUUUAAAUGUAAACAGUGUGGCAAGUGUUUUAGCCGAGCAGGACACCUAAGGAUUCAUGAGAGAUUUCACACUGGGGAAAAGCCUUAUGAAUGUAAACAGUGUGAAAAGUGUUUUAGCCAAGCAAGAGACCUAAGGAGACAUGAAAGAGUUCACACUGGGGAAAAGCCGUAUGAAUGUAAACAGUGUGGCAAGUGUUUUCGUGAAGCAGGAAGCCUAAGGAAACAUGAAAGAAUUCACACUGGGGAAAAGCCGUAUGACUGUAAACAGUGUGGCAAGUGUUUUAUCCAAGCAGAACACCUUAGGAGACAUGAAAGACUUCACACUGGGGAAAAGCCUUAUGAAUGUAAACAGUGUGGCAAGUGUUUUAGCCAAGCAAGAGACCUAAGGAUUCAUGAAAGAGUUCACACUGGGGAAAAGCCUUAUGACUGUUAUCAGUGUGGCAAGUGUUUUAGGAAAUCAGGAGACCUAAGGAGACAUAAAAGAGUUCACACUGGGGAAAAGCCAUAUGAAUGUAAACAGUGUGGCAAGUGUUUUAUCCAAGCAGAACGCCUUAGGAGACAUGAAAGAGUUCAUACUGGGGAAAAGCCUUAUGAAUGUAAACAGUGUGGCAAGUCUUUUAGCCGAACAGAAAACUUAAAGAGUCAUGAAAGGGUUCACACUGGGGAAAAGCCUUAUAAAUGUAAACAGUGUGGCAAGUGUUUCACUCAUCUAAGAGUUUUUAAGAGGCAUGAAGAAGUCCACAUUAGAAAAAUGUUGCAUAAAUGUGACAGUAGCAAAGGUCCAUUUAAACGUGUGCUUCGUAAUCAUAAGAGAGCAGGAAGUAAUAUAAGGGCAGGAUUGACCAACAACACACUUCCACAGAGAGAGACUAGAAACAGUAGUAUAAAAGACCAGCAACUGGACAUUACUGAGAAACACAGCUGUUGGAUUUGUCAAGAGGAGAUGAGAAGUGAAUCUCUUCUUCUUCAACAUUAUGAAAACCAUAUG